AUGAGCGAUAAGGAGCUUGAAGUGGAUUACAACAAGAUAGAAUCGUUUGCAAUUUUUCCACCUCUUAACGUUGCACGAAUUGGCAACUCCGACGAUUAUUAUGUGGGAGCCGAAAUCCCUGGCGUGCAUGUCGGAGAGGGUGAUCCUUCUUUCGAAUUUAAAGAUGACAAGCAAUGUGUGAGACCACAAGCCGCAAGGUUCAGAAUCUAUGGUUGCGAUGAAAAUGGCAAUGUUGUGCGAGAGAUCAAGCUUACAGACAAAAAUAAUUCCGUGGAUGUGAAUAUUGAUUGGAACGUUGUGCUUGCUAAUAAGAAGGCAGAACACACGCAAUUCCAGGGUAUCAAUGAAUAUAAACCUGAUGGUCCUAAGCGAAAUGCUGAUUGGCCGUAUGAUAGGUCUACAUUGAUGGCCAUUAGUGAACAAAGUUUAUCAUCCAAUGAUUUGAAGAAUACAAAAAUUCCGACAAAAGAAUUCAAGGCGCAAGUUUAUCGCACGAAUGAUCCUAAAAGUGGCCAUGAAUUAUACUUGGGAAAGAUGAUACUGGAGCAAGAAGGAAGUUUGAUAAUUAUUGGUGGAAAGGGAAAGUCUGGAAGUAUCAAAGAAGGUUGUAUAGUAUAUCUUCGUAUUUACAGAAGAUUUGCUCGAAUCAAUGACUCAUGUUACAUUGUUAUCUCCACAGGUGCAUAUAUUACACAUUACGCGAACAAUGAUUAUUGGUAUGAUGACACUUCUGAUGGAUCCAUAGACGCUAAUGUUACCAUCACCGUUAAUAAACAAUCCAAAAAACUCAAGAAUAGAGAGGGAAAAUCAUGGGUUCUUGUGGCACCUCCAAAAUAUGCACCGGGUAUUCCAAAUAUCGUGUCAUUAUAUCAAAUUAUUUGGGAAACGCAGCAUCCAAAUGAUCAUAGAGAGGUGGAAUAUUAUCGUGACAUUCGCCCAAUAUUUGACGCAAUCUGCAGAAUCUCUUGGGUUAAUAAGCAGGCUUUCAUUGGUCACGGAAUCUACAAGCCAGGUCACUUUUUAAAUCCUGACAUGGAAAAACGUCUGAAAGAUAAUUCAGAACAAGAGGAGAGCCUGAGGAAAGGCAUUUUAGCCCGAAUUCGAAUACCGAAAGCUAUUGCAUCCGCAGCUGAAUAUAACGGUCAGGCUUAUGAUUAUUUUAUGCCAGCUUUGUCUGGUAAUGACGGAGAUGUCGACGCUAGCUCACCAAAUACGUUUUUUUCCGUUACUAGUGGACAAUACCUCCGCCUACAAAAGUGGGCUGAAGGUUCUUUUCAAGUGAAUGAACAAAACAAACCUGUCAAGUAUUUCUAUCAGUUUGAUAGUAAAGGAAGAGGCAGAUACCCCAAGUAUAAAAAUAUUAAUGGUAAGAGCGAUAAAAAAGAAGAUUACAAAGAGUUUGAAGAAAUUAUUACAGAAGCUUCUCUUCAAGUUGAAUGUCUUAAAAAAGCCUCACUUGAAUGGUGCGUUGGAGGAGCAUUCUUUCCUGGAAUUGAAAUGACCUUUAUUGCUUACAAUAAGGAAACAUUUGAUGAACAUGACUUUAGAAUUAACUCCAAAGCCAUCAAACCCGGUGAUAUUAACGCAUACAUGGCUUUACCUUGGCAAGCCGAUUUUAAUGAAUGCAACACAAAUUGGUGGCCAGCUCAAAGACCCGAUGUCAUAAUCACACAAAAAAAUCUGUAUGAAAUUAUGAGGAGAGAGAAUAAUAAAAUUCGUGCUAAUGACUUUAAAGAAUGGACUCGUGGAUUCAGAACGGAUGGUGGUUCAGUUGGAGCUCCUUUGUGGGGUGAUAUGGAUAUGGUCAGAGCAUGGGAUAGGCUAGGAUUUGUUGUUGAGAAGGAGAUCGAUAAUGGUAUAAAAUUAUUUACCGAGGUCGAACAUGAUAAAGUUUACAAAGAAACUACCGUUAAAGAGAUAGUGGAAAACGCGACCUUAGAUGACUUUUACGAGCUCCUUCAACUCGCAUUACAAAUUGAACUCACCACUAUCCCACCAUACUUAUACGCUAUGUACUCGAUCAAGACAGGAACGGAGAUUGGUGAUAAAUUAAAACACUUAAUUCGACAUGUUUCCGAAGAGGAAAUGUUGCACGCGGCCCUUGUAGCAAAUCUUAUUGUUUCAAUUGGACGCAAACCUAUAUUCUAUUCACGAGAAGCGAUUCCCCUCUACCCGAAUCCUUUGCCCCAUAUUAAGCAAGGCGAAAUUAUGGUUCACUUGUCGAAAGCAGAUGUAAAAACUAUCAAUACUUUUAUACAAAUUGAGGCACCCGACGUUCAAGAUAAAUACCCGCAUUCUAUACCCCAAAAAGCGCGCAAUCCGUUAUUACGCUUAGGAUUUCUCAAAAUGUUAGGUAAAGAAGCAGGAAAUGUAGAUAGCUCGGAAGACGAUCUUGACAGUAUAGGAAAUUUAUAUGAUGCAAUCGCAGAAUGUUUUAAAAAAUUUAAUGAUCAAAUAAAAUAUGACACGAAAUUUCAGCUUGAACCUGGUAUGGGCUACGCUCCAAGCACGGGCACAGGAAAAGAUGGAUUGAUCAUCAUUGAUGAUUUAAAAGCUGCAGAGUAUGCUAUUAAUUUAAUUAAAAUUCAGGGAGAAGGAUCAGUAUCUGAAUUCGAAGCUUCUCAUUACGAAACAUUCAAAAAAUGCUUGAAUUUGAUCAAAAAUGCUUCAAGUGAAGAUUAUCAGUUAUGGCCUGUUAUUACCGAUCCAGACAAAUCGAUGUUUCCUGAUUCAAUCGUAUCCAUUGCUAAAGCCUUUGAUGCCGCUUAUUGUUAUCUGAUGUUAAUGUUACAGAAUGUUUGGAGAAUCGAAAAUUCCCAGAAAAAAAGAGACUUUGUGAUGGGAGGAUUGCCGGCAAUGAUGCUUGGUGUUUUGAGGCCUAUUGCGAUAUCUCUCGCCAAAACCCCCAUUUCCGCUGACCAACACGCGGGAGCCACAUUUGGCUAUUACGAAUUUACUCAUGGAACGUCCAAGCCAAAACAACAACUGCUUAAUGUUGUUAAGGCAUCCAACUUAGAUGGAGUAUUGAAGGUGGUACAGACGUUACCUGAUGUAAUUCUGGAUUAA